AGCAUUCAGACGGGCGCCGGAAUGGCGACGACCAGCAAGCUGAGACCUCUUGAUCCCCAGCUGGCCGCUCUGGCCAAGAGCGAGUGCAACGAGGAGCAGGCAAAGCGCGCCGAGAUUGUGGCCACCAUCCAGACGUGGAUCGGCAAGUCGCCACACCUCAAGGCCCCCACCGAUGAGCAGCUAAUCCUGGCCUUCCUGCGGCGCUGCCGUUUCAGCCAGGAGGAGACCAAGCGACGCAUCGACAACUACUACUCCCUGCGCAGUGUGUUCCCCGAGGUCCUGGGAUCGCGGCAGGUGGAUGAGGCGCUGCUCACCCAGCUGCAAAGAGGGAUCCAUGUGAUACCCACUCGACCUGUGAGUCCCCAGGGACCGAGGGUUAUCAUCUCGCAGUUCCGGAACGUCGAUGUCAAGAAGUCGAAUCCCCGCGAGGCCUUCAAACUGGUCUUCAUCAUGCUGGAACUUCUGGCCCGGGAGUGCGAUAAUGCUUCGAUUUCCGGACUCGUCUGGGUGGUGGAUGCCCGGGACGUGACCAUGGAGCAGAUGCUGCAAUACGAUCCCUUCCUGCUGAAGAAGGCGUUCGCCUUGGUGGAUCAGUGCAUUCCCCUGCGAUUUGUGGAGAUUCACAUGAUCAAUAUGCGAAAGGAAGGGCAGACCAUUUUCAACUUUGUAACAAAGUUUUUACCCUCCAAACUACCUUUUAAGUUCGUGGUGCACAAAAGGUCGGAGGAUUUGUACCAGCACCUGCCCAGAGAUGCGAUGACCAUCGAGUAUGGAGGGACCAAUGGCUACCAGGCGGAGGCCGUGGACUACUGGCGCCAGAAGCUGCUGGACAACAGGGAAUACCUGGCCAAGGACGCCCAGUACGGGACCAAUGAGAAGCUCCGCGUCGGACUGUCCAGUGCCUGGGCCAAUGGCGAACUGGACGGGAUGAGCGGCUCCUUUCGCAAACUCGAUCUGGACUAAGUGAAAGACUCUG